AUGUACGAGUUUCAAGGCCAGCCUCAGAGACACCCCAGUGGCGCUCCUACCCCCGUUAAUGCAUGCGAUUAUCAACAACCAGUGGGAGAAACAUACCAGCCCCAUAUAUCCCCGCUGAACAUCGGGAACCAAGCGUUGCCACAGUUGCCUCAACGCGAUGAUUUGUUCAACCCUGCACCUCAAUUUGGAACAGGCAGCAUGCAGCAGGGUGCUGGACGUGCAUAUCAAGAUCUGAGUCAGUUGAACAAUACCCCAGGACUUCGUUCCUCCAGCCCACAGCACUUGCCUCAGGAUAUACAUCAACCAUCUCCAACUCCCAACCCUUAUUUCGGUGCCCACCAGCCACCCCCACAAGGAGAAACACCAUACCACCAUAGUUCCAGUCAUCAUCAUUUUGCGGGAGGCUCAGGAAGCAAGGCAUCUUCAUGGGCACCCUCUGUAAUUCCUGGAAGCGACGAGUAUCAAGCUAUGCUGUUAUAUUCAACAGCUCGACAGCCUGCUCACCUUCUGCACAUGAGUCAGAACAUGUAUCAGCGACCUGCGACAGAUUUGCAAGACCAGUCAGCAAAUUUCAACACGACAGUUGCACACCUUGUUGCAGAGGUCAAACGACUCACCGAACAUGCCCAACACACUGAGAGGCAGCUUGACGCCGCAAACGAAUGCAUCCAGAAGCUUGAAGAUAUCGUUGAGUUGUCAUCGAAGAUGAAAACCCAGAGACAGUCAAAGAAUGUCUCAAACGAUCAUCCUGCAUUAAAGCCCAUCAUCCACAUGCAGUUUUUUGAAUUCUGUGGUGUCGAUUGGAGUGGGAAAAAGACCAAAAGGCAGGGCAAUUACAGAUGUGAAUCUGAUCAAGUGCGGUGCAAAGUACAUGCCUUUGUUGGAGAGGACAAGACUUGA